AAACCUUGAUAUAGUUUUUUGAGGAUCACAUUUUGUGAGAGAUUUCCAUAUCGUUUGGUCACAAUUUUCAUUUUGUCCUUCAUAUUUACCAAUAUUUGUUCAAAUUUCAGAAUGAUAGAACAAAUGAUAGAACUAUUUUCACUUGUUUGUUGUUCUACCAUUUUUCUUUGUGUUUCAUUGUAUUUUGAACAUUUGGAAUUCAUUUCUUUAAAAGUAGUUAUGAUAUAUAGGCUACUAAAUUUCACUUCAUACUGGCUAUAUCCAUAAAUAACUAUCAUUUCGGAUUAUGUGAUUAAAACCUCCCCGUUUCUCCCUCAUCCGGGUAACCCUAUUCGUUAUGUGUUGAAUUCUGUACCAAUAUGUUAAUUGGUAAUGUUACAAUUCAGUUUUUCAUAUCUUUUGUUCUCUUUACCAUAUGUUUGCAUGAACUGUGAUCAAUUAUUUAUCUUUUUAUGUAGAAUUAUGAUGAACACACUAUGCUUAUAUUAUUACUUAUGAAAUAAAUAGGAAAAAGACUCAUAAAAAUGAGUGAAUAUGCUGGUUUCGAACUUCUAGAAAGGUUUCAACGCAAUUGGGGACAAAUCAGUAAAGAUGGGACUAGAAAUAUUGCCUUGAUAAAGAACAUGAUGGCCAUUCUUUCUGCAGUUCAGAAGAAAUAUCUCCGAAUGAAUAAUCAGUUUUCAAGAUUUUCCAAACAUUUAGAAAUGCUUCCCUUCAUGAUUGAAUCUGUUGAUAACAUCACUAUCAAUUUAGGUAGACUAGAAGGUGACUUCAAUGAUAUAGAAGAAAUCUUAAUAUUACUUGAAUCAGUUUGUGAUGAAGAGGAAGAAGUUGAUAAAAUACUGAAGAAAAAUGAUGAAGUUCAUGCACUUAGAAUAACAAGGCAGAAGGAACUCGAAGACCUUAAAGCAAGCCUUGCCAAUGAGCAUUCUUGUCUAUUGGAAGAAAUAGAGAAAAAUAGAAGAGAGAGAAAGAAAAAAUCAGAAGAAGCAAUUCGAAACGGAAUCUGGAAAUUAGAAGAUACUCAUACGAAGGCAAUUGAAAAUGACGACGAAAUUGAAGAUGCAUUACAAGAUGAAAUAUAGAACUUCAAAACUUUUGUAAUAAUGAUUCCAGACUUUGCCCAAAGUGGGGUCGUAUCAUAUAAAAUUUCACUUAAUGACUGUUUACCUUGCACUGAUCUCUCCAUUAUGCAUUUCCUGUUUGUCAUGAGUGUAGGAUUACUUUGCAGGCGGAAUAUGGGAAAGCUGAUAACGUAACUUGAACCGUAUGACGAACUACUUCCUUUUUCCGGCUCAUAUUGGCGAACGAGGUCAAAUGCACUCAUUUGAAAGAGUAAUGAUUGGGAAUCGGUUGGGAGUAUUUGAACAUUACCUGCUAAAUUUCUGCCCUGAUUGAAUGUAACUUUAUUGUUGUUUUUUAUCAAUUCAUUGAUCACUAUUCUUAUCGUAAUUACGAGUUUAAAUAUGUUUGUGAUAUCCCAGUCUAAUUUUUUAUGCUCGAUAAUUCGUAUGAUUUUUGCAUCACUUCUCAAUCGUAUAUGCAAUUUAUUUAAAAUUAUUGUUUUUCACUGCAAUGAUCCAUUCUUUAUAUGCAAACAGUGUGCAAUAAACAUAUUUCCCUCU